GCUCUAUUUCCAACGCUCAUCCGCGCCCCGCAGGUGCGCACGGUGCACACGACUUUUCUCGCACUACUUCUUCAGCGUCGUUGACACCACCAGCGACGAUGGCUUCGUCCAUGAUCCUUCGCUCAACGCUACCCAGAACCUUUGCUUCCGCAACUGGACGUAAUUCCCUGCGAUCCGUGUUGCAAGUGAGAGCGGCAAGCUCAACUACGCAGUAUGUACCAGGUGGACCUAUCUUGAAGGGCACGGUUAACGACCCCACGGAGUUCCCUCCUCCAUCAAGGACACAUGGCUCGUAUCACUGGGCAUUUGAGCGUAUUAUUGCUGCCUCCCUUGUUCCCGCGACUGCAGCCGCUUUUGUGACCUCUGGGUCAUCUUACCCCGUCCUCGACGGACUGCUUGGUCUCAGCUUGGUGAUGCACUCUCAUAUUGGGUUCGACUCGAUGAUUGUGGACUAUGUGCACAAACGCAAAUUCCCUAUCCUUAGCCCUAUCCUGACCUGGACACUGAGAUCGGCCACGGUCGGCGUACUCGUUGGCGUCUAUCAAUUCAACACAAACGACAUUGGCUUGACGGAGUUGAUUGCGAAGGUUUGGACAGCAUAAAACUAUGUAGACUCCGCACUACGACAUACUACCAGAGUGUUUAGAAGACGUUGAAGAACACACUGGAAUAGUAAACACUCACAAUAUUUGACUGGUGACCGGUCUACCCCGUCAAAACUACGCAGGUGACGCAAAUUCAAACCGUCAAGCUCGCCGUGCUUGAACAUUAACCAAAAUUGAUCGUGAGAAGCUUCAUAAAACAGGAGAGAGACG